GAUAAAAAAAAAAAAAAGUAAAAAAAGGAAUACAAGAGUGUGUGUUUGUGUGUGUGUGAGAUAAAUAGAGAUAGAAAAAAAGAGAAAAAAAAUAUACGAUAGCACGUCGACGUUUGAAAAUCGUCGUCGUCGUCGUCGUGCAUCAACGUACGUCUCUUAUAACUCCCGCCACUACCACCACCUUAUUCCCCUUGAUUCCCCCCUUAAAUAUACUACCCCCUCUUGUUGUUUUCCGCCAUCCACCCGGCACCACCCGCCGCCUCUUUUUUCCUCGACGACAAACCCGCGCUCUCGCAUCGUCUUUAUACCAAUAAACGCGCGCGCGUGUAUAUGUGGUUUUUAGACGUCGUGUUAUAAAUAAAAAAAAAAAAAAAAUUUAACAAAAAAUAUACAUCAUAUACUACAUACAUGUUUAAAAAAAUUAAUACACGCAACGUCUAUCCCCGUUGUGUGUGUGCUACGGUGUUUUUUAAUUUCUAAUAAAUUUUUUUUUUUUUUUUUUUUAAAUAUAUAUUUUUUUUUAAUAAUUGUUUUUUUUUUUUAAAUGUAAAAAAAGCUUCAAGUGUUAAUAACAGACGUUUAUAUUAUUUUACACAUAUUAUUAUUUAAAAUUAUUAAUUAACCACCAAGAAAAGUUUGAAAAAAAUUAAUAAUAAAAUAUAUAUUUAUAUAGGCUAUAUAUAAAUAUCAUUACACACAAUAAUUGUUGUCUGUUUAUUUUAUUUUUAAUUUUUUAUAUAUAUAUAUAUACAAAUAUAUAUAUAUUAGUUUGUUGACUUUGUUGGAUUAUAUUAUUUGUUGUUGUUUCGGUUAACAAAAAAAAAGGAAAAUAUUUAAAAAAAGAGAAAAAAAUUAUUAUUUUUUUUACUGUUUAAAGCACGUUUUGUCGUCGAUUAUUGUCGACUAGCGUGUGUAUAAAAAAAAAAAAAAAUAUCCACAAGUUGCGAAUCAAAUACGGCGUAAAUGGCGCUCUCCGCACAGAAUCAGUCAACGUCGUACGUCAACCUGUAUUAUUCGAUUGUCCAGCGCGCUGCGACACGCUAUUUUAAGGAAUAUUACAAUUCCGAUACUGGCGCGCCGUACGUACUGUACAAGGACAAUAUGGAGAGACCCCAGGGCCAGUGGGCGCCAGGGCCGGGUUCUCUCCAGGAUGGAGGACUGUAUGCACAACAGCCACAACAACAACAGCAACAACAACAACAACCACAACAACAACAACAACAACAACAACAGUCACAACAAGGCCAACAAGCAUCAUCAUCAUCUGGUAGUCCACAACAAGCAUGUGGACCACCAGUUGAAGGUGGUGAUACUGGAGCACCACCAUUAACAUCACCAGUACCAUCACCAUAUCCAUCAGCACCACCAGAACCACAAGCAUUAACACCACCAGAUGAUGAUAUUGGUCAAUCAAGUAGUCAACAAACAGCUCAACAAGUUGCACAACAACAACAACAAGUUGCACAACAACAACAACAACAAGUUGCACAACAACAGGCAGCAGCAGCAGCGGCACAACAACAAGCACAACAACAAGCAGCAGUAGCUGCAGCACAACAACAGCAACAACAGCAACAACAACAACAACAACAACAGCAGCAACAACAACAGCAACAACAACAACAACAACAGGGUGGUGGAGGAGGUGGUGGUGGACAACAGGAACAUUCACCACAACAACAAAUGACACCACAUGAAGUUGAACGUAGUGAUUGUUUUCCUGGUACUGGUGAUUUACAACAAUAUCCACAACAUUAUUUUAAAGAUGCAAGACCACAUCCAUCACCAUCAGUACCACCUCAUAUGUUAACACCUGGUGGUUUUUCAGCAUUACAUUAUUUAAAACAACCUGGUGUUAUGUUAACAUCACUUGGACAAGGUGAUGGUGGUGCAAGUCUUGAAUCACAUCAGUAUGGUUCAUCUGGUGGUCCAAAUAUGUCAAGUGUAUUGCCUGAUAUUGUACAACAAAAUGGUAAAUCAAGUAAAGUUGGUGGUGCAAAUAAUGACCUAAGACUAUUUAAAUGUUUAACAUGUGGUAAAGAUUUUAAACAAAAAUCAACAUUAUUACAACAUGAAAGGAUUCAUACAGAUAGCCGACCAUAUGGAUGUCCAGAAUGUGGAAAGAGAUUUCGUCAACAAUCACAUCUAACCCAACAUCUACGUAUACAUGCUAAUGAGAAGCCAUAUUCAUGUGUAUACUGCGAGAGAACCUUCCGUCAGCGUGCCAUCCUCAAUCAGCAUCUGCGCAUCCACUCGGGUGAGAAGCCAUACCAAUGUCCGGAGUGCGGAAAACACUUCCGUCAGAAGGCGAUCCUGAAUCAGCACGUCCGCACACACCAAGAUGUGAGUCCCCAUCUCAUCUUCAAGAACGGAAUGACACCAACAUUGUGGCCUCAGGACGUGCCAUUUCCACCUGAAGACGGAAAAGAAGAAGUUGCAUCAACAUUUGGUGAUAACGAUACUCAAUCAGGUGCAUUUAGUCCAUCACCAGACGGCAGUUCAAUACAAUAUCCAGCAUAUUUUAAGGAUCCAAAAGGAAAUAAUCAUUCAGUAUUUGGUGCUGGUGGUAGUAGUUUUGGUGCAUUACAAUAUAUUAAACAACAAGGUGGUAGUGGUGGUAGUGGUACAAACGGUAAAAAUUGUUUACCAGACGUAAUACAACACGGAAGAUCAGCAGGUAUGCCACUAUACGUACGUUGUCCAAUAUGUCAAAAAGAAUUUAAACAAAAAUCAACAUUAUUACAACAUGGUUGUAUACAUAUUGAAUCAAGACCUUAUCCAUGUCCAGAAUGUGGUAAAAGAUUUCGUCAACAAUCACAUUUAACACAACAUUUACGUAUUCAUACAAAUGAAAAACCAUAUGGUUGUGUUUAUUGUGGACGUAAUUUUCGUCAAAGAACAAUUCUUAAUCAACAUUUACGUAUACAUACUGGUGAAAAACCAUAUAAAUGCCAACAAUGUGGUAAAGAUUUUCGUCAAAAAGCUAUACUUGAUCAGCAUACACGUACACAUCAAGGUGAUAGACCAUUUUGUUGUCCAAUGCCAAAUUGUAGACGUAGAUUUGCAACUGAACCAGAAGUUAAAAAACACAUUGAUAAUCAUAUGAAUCCACAUGCAAGUAAAGUCAGAAGAAAUUCAUCAAGUGAUGGUAAAACAAGUGGUACUGGUGGUGGAGGUGGUGGAGGUGGUGGUGGUGGUACAUCAUCAUCAUUAGGACCAGUACCAGUACCACGUGGUUUAACACCAACUGUUGUUAAACCAGAAUUAUAUUUUCCACAAUGUUAUGCACCAGCAUUUAAUCAUCAACCACCAGUAUCAUCAUCACAAUUUCCAGGACAAACAAAUGGUGUAACUGGUGAAUUUAAAGCACCAUCAGCUUUACCACCACAGUGACUAACCGUUCAUCCUGCCGCCUACUAGCAAGCAGGAAUUUAUCGCUGAAUUUAAUUGAAACAAACAAAAAAAAAAUAUAUAUAUAUAUACUAAAUAUAAACUAAAAGAAAUAUAAAAAAGAAAACAGCGUUUAUUCCGAGUUUAAAUUAUCGUCAUCAUCAUCAUCAUCAUCAAGAUUUAUAAUAACUUAUCGACAACAAUCAAGAAAGCAACAGCAACAUCAACAGCCCAAGAUUUGUCACAUUUGUGCCAGGCCAUCUACAGCAACAUUACCCGUGACACAUUUUUAUCGUGCAUUUAUUAUUAAACUUGCAUUUCAUCUCAUUUUUUUUUCCUCCCUUCAUUAUUAUCAUUAUUAUUAUUAUUAAUAUUAUUUUUUUUUUCCCUCGUUAUUUUUUUUUCAACCCUCUAGAGUCUGUCUUCUUCUCAUACAUACAUAUAUACAUAAAUAUAUAUAUAUUUCGUUAAUGUUUAUCUCGCAUCGCGAGAGCAACAGCGCUUCCCUCCUCCGAAAAAAAUUAAAAAUAAAUAUAUAAUUAUAUUAAAGAACAAAGAAAAAAAAAUAUUUGCAACAACGCGCAAUCGAAUGACAAAUUUUUUAAAUCAAUUUUAAAAAUUAUUAUUAUAAUAAAUGUUUUAAAAAUUUAUUAAUUUUAAUUCAUUGUUUUUGUUUAUGUCUUUUAAAUUAUCAAAAAAUUUUUUUUUUUUUUUUAAAUAAAUUCACGUGUUUCUUUCUCUUGUGGUAAAAAAAAUUUAAAUAAAUAAUGGGUUGAAAAUGUUCGAUUUCGACCAGACUGAAACGAUUGUGAUACAAUAUUUAACUUGUCUAUUGUUUUAAUGAUUUUUAAAAAUUAAAAACAAAUAAAAUAAUAAUAACGUCAAGUUGAGUAUGUGAAAAAUAAAUAAAAUUGUGCAAGAGGAUAAAGAUUUCGAAGAGAAGAACGUCUGUAAAUAUGUAAAAAAAAAAAAAGAAACAAAAUAAUACUAAUAACAAGAACAAAAAGAAUUAAAUGAUUAUUAAUUUUAAAAAAAUAAAAUAAUAAUAACAGAGAGAGAGCACAAAAGAAUGGGUGUUUGAUAUUUGACAAGAAAAAAAGAUGAAAAAAAUGGAAUAAAAAAUUAAAGUAUAUAUUAAAUAACAAAAAAAAAAAAAAGAUUUAAAAAAUAUGUCGACGGCAGCCGCGAGUGAGUAUACGAUAUCAAAUUUUCUCUCGAGAAAAAUUUAAAAAAAAAAACAUAUGAGACAUAGAUAAAUAAUUUUAAAAUUGUAUAGACGGACGGAUAACCCACGAAACCGAAAGAAAAAAAAAAAACCAACGUCACAACAAUAUUUGACGCUAAUUAAAAAAAUAAAUAUAAAAAAAAAAAAAAAAA